AUGACGAGAUAUCGUGCAAUGCAGCAACUCAGUCUUACACAUCUCGUCUUUCUAAUCGGCACGGCAUCCGGAGCUCUUUUGACCUUGUCCAGUUUCGAAGGCCUGGCCUCUCCAGCGGCUCUUUCGUGCAUAUAUGCAUACAACGCACCGAUUCGAGGAUGCACCGCAAAUGAUUUCGCUAGAGGCGCAACAUGUUCGGAGACCUGCGUUGAGGGGUUACAAGCAGUGCAGUUUACAGUGCGAUCCUUGUGCGCCAAAGCCAACGCUGCCAACAAUCCUCUGCUUCAGCAAAUACAGAAUGGCAAUCUAGUGGCUGCUGUCUGCAAGACGAAUACACCAGCUUCAACGCCGAUUCCUUCUCCUGCGACGACACUACAGACCUCGACGAUACAGACUUCGACGAUGCAGACUUCGACGAUGCAGACUUCGACGAUGCAAACAUCACCGCCAUCACAAGCUUCGCCUACACCUCAGAGCACCUCAGAUGGUGCAUCUCAAGUGACAUCAACGCAACAACCGGUUUCUACCGAAGCGGCGUCAAGUACGGCAGCAUCCGUCACACCGGAUCACAGCAUCACAUCAGUGGCUGUUUCUACUUCGGCGAUCGAAUCCGCUACACAAGCCUCGCAAACAAGUGUUGAGAAGCCCUCUUCAUCGAGCGAGGAGCCGUCAAAACCAACACGGCCGAUCAAUCCCAAUGCACAGCCAGGCAGCGGCGGCGGGAGCCCGUUCGACUUUGUCGCAAUCAGCAGGGCAGCCAAAUUUAAUUUUGCCGAGACGUUCACCACGCUGGCCACUGCCGCUGCGCUGGUGACACUAAUACUGAUGUAA